AUGGCUCAGAUCGAAUUAAGCACUAAGAGGCUUAUAAGUGCAAUGGAAGAUGAGCUAGAUAAGGUGCAAAUAAGGAUAGAGGAAAAUAAUGUGACCACAGAUGAUAAGGACCCUAUUGACGUCCCAGAUGAUGAUAAGGGAGAUGAUGAUGCAUUUGGCGAUGAGGACCCCCAUGAUUAUGAUGGACAUGAGUCUGAUCACGAAGGUGAUGAUAGAGAUGAGUUCCACGGGGGAGAUGAUCAGGGAGACGAUGAUGCAACUGGCUCAGAUAGGGGUGAUGACAUCGGUGUUGCAGCAGAAGGUGCAGACAAAGAAAUUAUGGAGUCUCCCCUGCCCUUUUCCCCCAUGGACAAGGGAUGUCAACUCCGGAGGUCGCAAAGGGAGAUGAAAUCCGCUAUCAAUUCUCCAUGGAUUUUGACAAAGCCAAUUAAGAGGCGAAAGAGGCCCAUGGAUGACAAGGACUGGUUUUAUGACAUAGUUUCCCGUAUGUGUUCAAGCAAGGAGGGUGACAUGUAUGUACAUAUCCACUAUCCACGUAAUCAUAUUCAUUACAAUUUUGUGCUAAUUGACUACAUGCAUAAUGAUAUUGACAACAUAUUUUUAGGCCUUUGGUGA